AUGGGAAAUGCAUAUGUUAUUUUUGGUAGAACUGUGCAAUCUCAUGUUUUGGCUAUCUCAACAUUAGUUGCUGUUGGGGGUAUUACAGCUUACUGUACUACGGGUCGUAAACAAGAACCAGCUAAACCUGCAAUGGUUGAUACUUCAAAUAAAGAUGAUAUCAACAUUGAGGAACUACUAACCGAUUUUUUGAAAGAAGAAUCAACCACUGAUAAGUGA